UUUAUUUGAAAAAAGAAAACAAAUUUUGUCUGAUUGAUAGGUUCGGUGAAAAAGACAUAAAUUCACAGACGAGAGAGAGAUACAGAAAUCGCAAAAAGCAGAUUCCUUUUUUCCAUAGCCCUAACCCUAACCCUACUACUAGUUGGUACAUACCAUAUGCAAGGCCAAAAGAGGGAAGAACUAGAAGAAGAAGAAGAAGAAGAAAAUGGAGCUCAGUCAACAUGGUUUCUUGGAGGAAUUGUUAGCUUCCACUCCUUGGACCUCCCACUCAAAUGGGUUCAACGAUUUCUUCCAAAAUGGCUGGAAUUUCAAUUCUUCUUUUGAUGAGAAUCCCGCCAUGGGUACCCCAAAUUUCCCCCAUUUUCCUGGCAUUCAAACCACGCCAAAUGAUUUUCCUUUCGGCGACCAACUCCUCUACACUAAUUUCCUCGAAGGGUUUGCAAUGCCGGAGCUGGAUUCCUCCUCCUACACCAAGAACAACGAAACCCCACCAUUUGUUUCGCAGGAAGAAAUUAUGAGUAAUAAAACGCCUCCGGCGGCGGUGGAGGAGGAAGAAGUUGGUUUUCUGGAGAGCAAAGUGGAAAUGGAGCAAAUGGUUGGCCCUGAAGCUCCUGCUUUUAAAAUGGGUGUGCCAGAAUUGGGGAAGAGAAGCAGCAAUAAGGCCAAGAAAAUUGAAGGCCAGCCCUCCAAGAAUUUAAUGGCCGAAAGAAGGAGGAGGAAGCGAUUGAACGAUCGCCUUUCAAUGCUUAGAGCAAUUGUCCCUAAAAUAAGCAAGAUGGACAGAACAUCUAUUCUUGGAGACACAAUCGAUUACGUGAAAGAACUACUUGAAAGAAUCAAUAACUUGAAGGAAGAAGAAGAGGUUGGUGUAGAUUCAAACCACCGGAGCUUAAAUGGGAUCUCCAAGGAACCCAAGCCCAGUGAAGUUCUAGUGAGAAAUUCCCCCAAGUUCGAUGUUGAAAAGAGGGAAAGGGAGACUCGAAUCGACAUUUGCUGUGCGACGAGGCCAGGAUUAUUGCUGUCCACUGUCAAUACAUUGGAAGCUUUGGGCCUUGAGAUUCAUCAGUGUGUUAUUAGCUGCUUCAAUGAUUUUUCAAUGCAAGCUUCUUGCUCUGAGCAGGGAAGUGCCCAGAAAGCAGUGGCAAGUUCUGAAGAUGUAAAGGAAGCAUUGUUCAGAAAUGCAGGAUAUGGAGGGAAUUGCUUGUAGAGGAAACGCUUAAAGUGAAGAACAUCAAUGGCGUUCUUCCAAGGGAUGAUGAAUGACGAAUCUGUUGCAAUUAGAAAUAAUUAAUCCGAAUAGGCUAUUUCCAAUAACUGAUCUGGGUUUUAUUUGCUGCAUUUAGUGAUUAGACUUGGAUACACACACUCUAAUAAUGUACCAAAGCAGAUGAAAGCAAAGAGUUCCAUUUCUUAUGAUAUUACUUUCUUCUUUA